AUGAAGAAUUCACAUGUUAACCCUCCUUCUUUAAAAAUGUAUUCAAGAGCUGGAAAAGCCUCGCUUCAUCUUUACUCAACGUUAUACACUGGAGACAAGAAACAUCCGCAUAUAGAAAAAAUAGAAAGUGAGCCAGAUAUAAAUGAUGUUUUAAAAGGAAUAGAAGAAAGAGAACAAAGAUUUUUAGAGCAGCAGCAGUCUUAUAAGCCUAAACCUUCGACUGCUUUUAUAGCUGUAUCAAGAGCAAGUUUAGAGCUGCUUAGUAGUAAAAAUAAUCAAAAAUUAGAGCCUGGGCAUUAUACUCCAUCUUAUGAACUUCUAAGCAAGCAUACCCCAUCCCCUAAACUAAGGAAGCUUUCAGAUUUUUCCACUCCAAAAGUAAUUUUUUCUAUUAACCCCAAUAUACAAAGAAUCCCACAAAGUUUAUCAUCAAAAUCCAUAACAGAUAAAGAUACAAAAGCAAGUCAGCUCAGUAUAAAUUUAUCUGAAAGAACAAUUAUUGAUAGAAAAAGUUUUAAAUUUGAGAACCAGCUGCCAAGAUCAUCAUUUGUAAAGCGAGACAGCCCUCCAAAUGAAAAUAGAUUCAGCUAUUUGCCAGAUUCUCCGCUCAGAAAGACAGUUGUUGAUUUUUCUAAAAUGCUAGAAAGAGACCCAAACAAUAACAAAAAAAGCUACAAAGAAAUCAAAUACGGGUUUUUAAGCGAAAGACUAGCACGACGGGUCGAGCUAUGGCCUAUGUCUAUAGUAAUGAAUGGGAAAAAUCAAAAAGAGCCUGAAAAAAUAGAAAAAAAGCCAAAAGAGAAAAUUAAAUUCCCAAAGGAUCCCCAAAGUUUAGUUGACUAUGACAAGCUGAUUGUGGAAGAGCAUUCUAGAGAAGAAGAAAAAGACCCAGAGCAUCAAAUUGAUGACAUAAAAACAGACUUAGUUGAAGCAUUAAAGAAAAAUAAAAACAAUCCUAAUGUACAUAUAAUUGGUUUUGAAAAAGCCAUUGGCAGAGUAAGAAGUCGACAAAGAAGAAUUGACUUAUCUAGAAAUAAUACGAAAAAUUAG